AUGGCGGACACGACCGCGGCCACGACGUUUGCCGACAAAGCAGAAACGUUCCAGGCGGCGCUUAUGAGCUUGUUCUCAGGAGACCCAGACAGCACCGAGACCGACCUCUCCAAACUAUUCACUCCGACAUUUACGUUUCGAGCAGACGAAGACAAGAUGGACUUUCUCGCGUUCGUGGCUCAUAUUCGUCGUCUCCGAGAAAUUCUACCCUCCGUCACCCUCACCACGACCCAGUUCCUGCGUGACGGCGCACAGCUCGCCGAGCGACAUUCAUCGUCAACGACAAGACCAGACGGGUCCGUCGGGAAAGCGGAGACAUUUCUGUUUGCCCAGGUUGCUGCGGACGGUCGUCUCGAGUGGAUUGUAGAGACCGUGGCACGGAAGAAGGACUGA